UACACGCACAAGCAAGACGUGGCGAAGGCAAAUCACACGAUCACCAGGCUCUGCAAGGAGGGCAAGAUUCAAGAAGCACGCGAGAUGUUCGAGCAAAUGCCUGAACGGGACGUGAUAUCGUGGACCGCGUUAAUAUCGGGCCACGUUAAAUGCGGCAUGCUUGAGGAAGCUCGAGCGUUUUUUGACAGGGCUGAUGCCGUGAAAAAUGUCAUCGAGGACGCUUACGAGCUUUUUCGCCAAAUGCCGGAAAGGAACGUGGUUUCUUGGACUAUAAUGGUGUCGGGAUUGGCGGGAGAUGGGAAGCCGAACGAAGUAACUUUCGCGAGCGUUUUGUGUGCUUGUGGUAACCUAGCCGGUCUCAACGAAGGGGCUCAAGUGCAUCAAGUGAUUAGCAAAACAAUUUAUCAUCAAGAGAGUAACUUCGUGGUGUCGGCACUAAUAAACAUGUACUCGAAAUGCGGUGAUCUCGAAAUGGCUCGACGGGCAUUUGACGACGGGCUUAUAGGGCAUCAAGAUUUAGUUUCUUGGAACUCAAUGAUUGCCGCUUACGCCCAACACGGGCACGGGUUCAAAGCUAUUUCCGUUUUCGAGGAAAUGCGUAAAACGGGUUUCGAACCGAACGACGUCACUUACGUCGGACUUCUCAACGCUUGUACCCAUGCGGGCUUAGUGCAAGAAGGUCUAAAUUACUUUAACGCCCUACUAGAGGACGGGUCGGCGAGAGUGAGAGACGAUCACUACACAUGCGUAGUCGAUUUAUACGGUCGUGCGGGUAGGCUAAAGGAGGCUUAUGAUCUUAUAACCGGGCUUUCUUCUUUAAAAGACUCGGCCUACGCAUGGGGGGCAUUGCUCCUCGGGUGUAACGUUCAUGGAGAACGUGAAAUUGGGAGAUUGGCGGCCGAGAGGCUUUUGGAGUUGGAGCCGGAGAAUGAGAACUCAUACGUGCUUUUGUCGAACGUUUAUAGAGUCUGUGGGGAUUGGAAGGAGGCGGAAGGGGUGAAGUCGAGGAUGAAAGGCGGAGGCUUGAAGAAACAGCCCGGUUGCAGUUGGAUUGAGGUUCGGAACGAGUUUCGAGUUUUUGUUGUUGGGGAUAGGUCUUCUCUUCAUGGGGAUAUUCAUUUGUUGCUUUGGGGUCUCCAUGAGAAGAUGAGGAAGGUUGAGGAUUUGGUUUUGGAGAAUGUUUUGAUGGAAGAGAAUUUCUUAUAG